AUGUGGUCAGCAGACGUUUUACAAGUUAUGCCAAAAUCGUCGGAAAAUGAUGAAAAUGCAGUUUUCUGCUGCGAUGCUAGUGAAGUUGCUAAACGUUUGAGAGAGUUGUUUUAUGUGUUUGGGCCCCCACGUUUGUUGCAUUCUGAUAAUGGUCGUGAGUUUGUUGCUGAUGUUAUUCAAGAUUUAAAAGUAUUGUUUCCUGGUAUGUAUUUUGUAAGAGGUCGACGACGACAUCCUCAGUCACAAGGUUGUGUAGAGAGAGCUAAUGGUGUAUUGACUGCUGCAUUAGGGAAAUGGUUAACAACAACGAAGUCACUAAAUUGGUCGGAAGGUCUUGCACCGGUUGUUUAUGGCAUCAAUACAAGAGUUGCAAGUGCAACAAAAUGUACACCGCACGAGGUGAUGUUUGGACAAAAGCCAAGAUGUGACCAAGAAUUCUGGAAGAUUGUACAAGAAAGCAAUAUUGUAGAUGAAGAACAAUUAUCAACACCAGUAGAUGAUAUUAUCGAUAAUACAGUUUUGGAUGAUGGGCUUGUAACUACAGACAGUGCAAUGAACUCAACAAUGACUAUUGACAAUGAAGCUUUUCCACUUUACGAUAAUACAACAGCAGAUGAUGUUAACUCACCUUCCCUUCUUGAUCAGUCUUCAACAUCAGUGUGUGCUGCACCUGUUCUUAAUCCACUGUCUAGUGCAAGUGUUUCUUCUUCGAAUGAUAAUCUUAUUUCGUUUGAUUCGCCAAAAUCACCUGCAAAGACUAUUGAACCUAAUUCGAAAUCUAAUAGCUGUGUUAAUAUUCUGGAUGAAUUAGAUGCUCUUGUAAAUUCUCCUGUUAAAACGACUUCACUUUCUUCAUUGUCCUUAUCAACUGUUGUUGUUGCUUCAUCUAAUACUAUCGAAAAUUCAAACUUUGUUCCUGCUUUCAUUUCACCACCAUUUAAUUCUUUACCGUCUGUUGUACAAUCUCCACGACAUAAGUCAGUACGUAAACAAGCCACAGAAAAUUAUCUAGCUACUGCAAAUAAGAAGCGUAAAUUAUAUGAGGAACAUUUGCAAAAUCUGGCUGAAACACUUAAUGUAGGUGAUUGCGUUGGUAUCAACAUUCAUGAUGUUGACAGAACCAAUACAGAUCCCAAACUUUUGCCGUGUUUGAUAUUUUCAAAAGAAAAAAAGGAAGAUAGCGUUGUUUUUCAGUUAGCUUGCCAGUUUGGAAAAUUGGUUUCAUCUUUCACGGCCGAAAGUUUGGUUUCUUUGAAAGCUGUUUGUCCAUCUGAGUUGAAAUCUGUUGAUCCUGCUGAAUUGAAGAGCAUAACGUUGAUCGAAGCUUGUAAAUUGUUUGUUCGAGGCUCGGUGAGUGGUGCGACGUGUGAUUGUAAAUCACAAUGUGCAACGAAACAUUGUUCAUGCAAAAAAGCCAAUGUUAAUUGUUCCACAAAAUGUCAUUCGAAACGAAGUGCUGGUUGUAAAAAUAUGGAAUAA